AAACACAAUGAUACAGUCAACGAACCCAUACCAUAGAGCUGGAUGUGUGAUUUUCACAGUUGUGCACAUACGCAUACCGAUACACCUUUGAUUCUCUUGUUUAUAGCUCUUUUUGGUAGCCAUAGUAUUUAUUAAUUCUACACACGAUAGUAGGUCUUUUCUCCUGUGCCAGUGAACUCAACACUCAAGAAUAACUUUCUUCCAUUCAUUUCGGUUUUUUUUCCUUCUUCUUUUCACUCAUCGAUAGAUUUGUUUGAUUCAAUUGUUGGUCAAUUCUCAUUUUUGCAUCAAUGAAAAGAAAAAAAAGUAUGACCGAUCUGUGUAGUGUUCAGAGUAGCAAGGCUUAGAGUAAUCACGCACGUCCCUUGUAAAUUGGCAAACGACUAAAGUAGAGUAGAGCAGAAAGAGAGACGGGGCCAAACAAAAAUGCAAAAUCCAAAUAUUUCAAAUGCCGGCGGCGGCGGCCACUUGACACAUCGAAGUCAAGCCACUAUGCUGGAUGCACGAUCUCUAUCUCCAAGUGUUCAUAUGAUGCACAACUUCCACGACGUCUAUCCGGUAUCAAAUGAAAUGCCGUCACAACCGCAAUUCUAUCAUUCCAUGCCGCACUCACAGAAAUCAUCUAUGUCCAAUCUGAAUGACCGCAUUCCACCUCAUAAUCGCACCAUGUCUUCAACAUUGAACCGCUCAUUUGCACCAAACAUGAAUCCACCGCCACUACAACAACAACAGUCUUCCAGUGCUGUGAAUAGCCUGCAACGAAAUCAUCCGGUCAACGAAUUUACCGAACAAUAUAAUCGUUUGCAGCAAGCACGUAUGGAACAACAAAUGAAAACACACAAUGAGGCCAUGAUGAGAAAACAACAAACAUUUGCAAUGCGUCAAGCAUUGAAUCCACCACCGAUGUCGCGACAAGUAUCGGCCGUUAAUAUUCAUCAACAAGUUAAUAUAUCUACGCAAACAACACCAAACACACAACAUCCACCAAAUGCACAGCACCAAGGAUCACCCGCACUUAAUAAUCCAUUUGGAGUCGAUCAUUUGCAUCAGCAUCAUAGCACCGGCAGUCCAAAGCAUAUCAAUCAUGUGGAAAAGCCGAAUUUUUUGCAAUUACAACAGGAAAAUCAGCAGCUACUUCAAUCACUACGGAAUGAUUAUGAAUUGAAAAAUCAACAGCAACAACAACAGCAACAACAGCAGCAGCAGCAUCACCAAGCGCUUCAAAGAAAGUCAACAAAUCCAUUCAUUCAAUCGGGCGAAAUUGAAAGCGAUACCCGUGCAGAGAGUCCUGUUCAUCAAACACUUGUCUAUAAGGAGGUGAGCUCCUCUUCAGCCACCUCGACACCAACUAAACUCCUAAAAUCACCGAAAACCAAACGACAACCAACGUCAUUAGUCACAUUUUCCGGUUGGUUGUACAAACAAGGCUCUGAAGGCUUGAGAACUUGGCGUCGCCGAUGGUUUGUGUUGUCAGAUUAUUGCUUAUUUUAUUAUAAAGGGCCCGAAGAAGAGAAAUUACUCGGUUCCAUUCUAUUGCCAUCGUAUAUAUUGUCCGAAUGUGUUCCGUCGGACAGUAAAACAUUUAGAAAAUACUCAUUUAAAUUGGAACAUAAAAAUAUGCGACCCUAUUACUUAGCUAGUGAGAAUGGAGAUUAUAUGAGAAAAUGGAUGCGAGUUAUACGCGCUGCAACGCUUAUGCAAAAUUUUAAUGAGGCUCCAACGCGACAUUUACUUGCCAAUUCGAUACCGAUCAGUACCAAUAGCUAUGAACAUAAUUUGGGAUAUAAUCGAUAUGAUCAAUAUCGUGGCGAACAUAAUCAGCAAAAGGUCGACAUUCAUCCAACGCUGAAUCCAUUUUUGAUUUUCGAUGAAGAUAAUGAAAGGCAACCUUUGUAUGUAAAUGCACCGCCAAAGCCACGUCGUACCCAUGAAAUGGAAUUGUCAAUGUUUGGAAAUGAUCCAUCAAUGUUCCCGAUGAGUUCUGAAGUAUCAGCUGAGUCAACGCCAAAAGGGAUGCCAAUACGUAUGCUUGAAUAUGAAGAUAUUUACAAUGAACAACGCGGUCAAAGUCGAACAAACCCCAUAAAAUUUACCGAAAACCCCAAUCAUUUGAUAAACAUUCAAAAUUAUGGCUUGGAUAAUGUGCCAGCUGCCUAUAAUAAUGAGAUUAGUACAUCGAUUGGCAAAAAAUCGUAUAUACCGAAAAAGAUGCCACCACGUCCACGUUCGGCUGAUUUCCUCGAAUACGAAUCAAAGCGUCAUUUUCGUCGCUUCAAAGAUUUUGAUAAUGCUGGCCAUUUUACCGAACGGAUGCCAUCACGUCCAAAAUCUAGUCUUGACAUCAACAGUUCAAUGGAUAGCUAUUACUAUUCGGAGGCUAGCUAUGCAGCAAAAAUGCGACAAAGUGCACAGUACUUACAAAAUCGGAAUUUGAUGACAACGGGUCGUGAAGAUGCUCGUUUGAAUACAUUACGCUAUGAAAAUGAUCGAAAGAGGCUAACAAAUGAAUUUAAUAAUUACACCGCCAAUUUGAUAUUAAACAAUGGACUAACACUGCCCAGAUCGAAGUACAUGUCAAACAAUGACCCAUUCAAAUACGCAUCAAUGAUGCGAAGCAGUGAACCGACCGAUUCCAGUUUUAGUUCGGAUAGCCGAUAUUUGAUGAAGAAUUCGGAGAGCAAUUUGACCGACCAAUACAGGUCAAAUGAUAUGAUAAGCGGCAAAGCAAGCUCGAUGUCAAUUCGCGAUGACCUUCAGAAUAGUAAUGCCAAUCUUUGGCAACCUGACAUAUCGGCCGGAACGUUGCUCAGUAAAACGCAUGAGGAGCUUGUACUGUUGCUGAUUCAAUUGCGACGCCAAGCCGAUAGCAAAGAAAGAGGAAUGGAUCGUCGAUCCAAGGAUAUGCAAUCAAUACAGCAUCGUUUGAAAAGCGAAGAGACGACUGCAACUCGCUUGGAGCUGAUGGGUCGGUUGGAAGUACUUCGCGAAGAAAUGAACAAAUUGGAACAUCAGUACGAAAAGACGAAGCCAUUGGUGAAUUUAGUUGAUAAUAUGGUGAAAUUGGGCUCCUUGUAUCGUGCUGGAAGCAUCCAAUGGGAAACCAAUUCAAUGCGCUCUGGCAUGACAUUGCAACGAUUGCGAGGCAAUCAGAAAGAACUCGAGCGCCGAUUGCAAUUGGAGGAUCAAAAACAAUGGAAUAAAUUCGAUCCGACUCAAAUUGAAUUGCAAAACAAAGUUCAACAACUGUACGAAUUGGAUCAACGAUUGCAAGAGGAGUCGAAUAACUUACAAAUGCUCCAGCAAGAUAAGGAUGAAAUUGAAGGUGCUCUGGAAGAGCUAAACCGAAGAUUUGCAACAAAUGACAUGUUACCAGAAAAUUAUAUGACGUCAAAGAAAAUACAGCACUCAUUGGAAUUGGAAUUGUCGAAAGUUCACAGUCAGCUGGCUGAAAAUUCACGGCGUUUGGAAGAAACGGUGGCCGGCAACACAAAGCUUGAACGUGAGCUAUUGGUGUUGCGUCAAAAGUUGCAAUCAUCACGUGAAAAGAACGCAGCCCAUGUGAGUUAUAUGAGCGUAAUGGGUAAUUCAAAAACGGCCGAUGCAUUCGAGUCCGAAUUGAGAAAAGUACGCGAUUCGGUGGGUGACACAAAAAGACAGCGCGAGGAAUUGAGCAUGGCGGUUAGUCAAUUAACACUUGAUUCGAAUGAAUCACAUGAACGAAUGCGUAGCAAUGAGCAUACAUUUAAAAUACAAGCAAAACGGAUCGAUUCCGAUUGGACUGAAACCGAUUUGGAUUCGAUGCAUAAAAAGAACUUGAUAAACGCCUAUAAUCACAUCUCCGAUUCAUACGAGCAAACAUAUCGAAAUGAAAACGAACCAUAUUACUAUCAAUAUCAACAAAGCACAGACGACUCAAAUCCCGAAGAUCACUGGCAAGGAAAUGAUAAACAAGAAAUAAAAACGGUUCGCAUAGUUAAACGUGAAUCGGAACGACGGCACAAGGAUAAACUAAAUCAAAACUAUGACACUAAUUCAGCACCACAAGAUUUUAAUAAUCCGGAUGAGAUAAAUGAAUUUCUAUCCACAUAUCAACAAUCUGAACCGAGAACAAAUCAUUACUAUGAAGACGAACCGUCCGCUUCAAAAGCAAAGUUGACAAUAAGGAAUGCCGGGCAUUCCGUUAACACCAAUUCCACACAACGUAAUGACAAUAUUUUCCAUAGCAAUACAGCCCGUGAAAUCUCAAAUGAACGAGGCAACAAGGAACAUCAUCAUCAUCAUAAACAACAACAACAACAAACACCAACGAAAAUAGGAACCUCAUCCGUUGCCACUGCAAAUAAUCAAAGUCAACAGUACAAACGAUUCACUCCACGCAAAAAGAAACGCCAUAACACCGCACCGACCAGCGAAAAUUUUAUGGACUAUAUGGCCGAACGGGAUUCAUAUAAAUAUAAUAAUCAUCGAGCCCGAGAUGAUCUUGAUAUGGAAGUAGUACUUCGAUCAUCAAAUCCACCGGUUGAAAACGCCAUAUCUGGACCGCCUGACGUUAUUCGUUCGGCACUUGGCCAAAAUAAUGAAUAUCUCUUUGAUAAAAUGAAUUAGAUAAAUUCGCAAACAAUUUUCAAAUAAUCAUCGCUUCACACAUAUCCAUUUCAUGUCAAAUUAAAACCAAGUGAACCUAAGCAAAAACAAAAAACGAUCCCAACACAUGUGGGAUUAAAUUACGUAAACAAAAACAAAAAACAAAUGAAUUAUGUAGUCAAUAUAUAUGGAAAAACAUGUAUGCAUUUAUUAUGCAAAUGAAACAAGGUAGUUCAAAUCAAUUAUCAAAGCCAAUUUUAUUGGAACUUAUUAGAAUUUUAGACGAUAAAUUUAUCAAUUCGGCAACCACUCACAUUUUAAUAUCCUAAACGUUCAAGCAUCGGCACCAUCAUAACAAUAUCAUUUUAUGAUUUAGGUAUCGAUUUUAAUUUGUUUGCUCAUCAUUAUCAUCGUAAUUCGAUAUAUAUGAACCCAGUGACUGUUAGAGAUUUUAUCAUGCAUUUUGUGUAAAUAACUGUGUCUUUGAUUUGCACAGAUUCACUAUUAGAAAAAAAGAGAAUGGAGCGUUAUAUUUUGAUUAGAUAUGAAUGAUUUCAUCGUGUUUUUAUUGACUUUAUUGAAAGGUUUUUAAGGUAAUGCUUAGUUUAAGCAUUCGCCGCUCUCACUUUGAGUGGCAAUUGCAUUGUUUAUGUUUCAAAGUUUCAAUAUACAACUAUAAAUAUAUACAAAUAUAAACGCCGUGGGGCACUAACUAACACACAAUAAACAAACAAUCUCUUUAUCAGUGGCAUAUCAUAGCAGACAGGCCAUAAAUACAUAAUCAUAUUAGGUGUGAAUUGCGCACGCAUGCACGCAACGCACACAAAACACAUUCACAACAAAACGAUACAUGUAUUUUUUUCGGGGACAUAAAGACAUUCCACAGACAUUUUAACGUGUGGAACCCAAAUUAACUCGUAAAAUUUAUUGCAUUUAUGUUUUAUGAAAAUAUUACCUAAAAAUAAAUAUUAUCUAUAAACAUAUACAAAUCGCACGGCUUAGGCAAU